AUGUUUUCGCCAUUUCCAGUACGACACCGUUGGAGACUGUCUAACCGUGAGGGCGACGGACCGUCCACCCCAGGCUUACACAAACGUUUCACCAAACGCUUCUCGCAAUUCUGCAGACGCAAACGAAAUAAAACCGAUGCCAAAGUGGCUGCGAAAACAAAGCAUACAUGGAAUACAACAUCAAACAAUGGAAAUGAUGAUCGCGAGUCAAUUGGCCAGGAUAUGACCUAUAAAGCCCUGAGCCUACUGUUCAAGUCAGGCUACCCUGUAGCUAACAUCCUUGCCCGAGCGAGGCUGCAAAUUCAGCAAAAUGUUCUCAAUGCGCAUAGUGGCCAUCUGGGGGAUUUGGGCCCAGCCUUGCGCAUCGGCCCGUUUCCGACGUUGGAUCUUGUCCCUCAGAAGCUAGACAUCUCUACAGGGGAUCAACACAGGGCUGCUGCUGGGGGCCCCUCUAGCCAGAAAAGGCCACCAGGGAGCCCUGGCAAGUCUGGUAGCAACAGCAAGAAGCCGCGCAAGGAGAACAGACAAUCCGACGACGACAAAGCCCAGAAUGACGCAGAUGGUGAUGGCGACGAGGCCCAGAGCGACACAGAUAGUGAUGACGACGAGGACGACGAAGGUGAUUCUAGCCGCGAUGGACCACGUUUUCCUCUACCCAAAAGUUCCCCCGACCGCAAAAGAUUUGCAUGCCCAUUCUACAAGUACCAUCCAGCUCGGUACUGUAACUGCAAAGGGCUCCGCAUAACUUCCAUCAGCUAUGUUACUCAGCACAUCGGCAGACGCCACGUAUUGAAACAGUGUACGAUGGAUGUACAGCAAACCGCCCAAUCAACGGAUGACAAUUCCACUUACCUGGAGAGGACGACAGACCCCGAUAAGAUCGUUUUCUACUGUCCGACAUGCCGGGAUGAGUUCCAUGGCCGUGGCGCUGAUGUCAGAUGGGAACGCCACACAGGAUGCCAGGCAAAAAGCAUUGCACAGACGGGUGUUUUACUACCGGCAGAGUUUGAAAAGCUCAAAGAGGAUGUCACUGCGACGUCUGGCAAUGACAACAAAUGGGGGAAGAUAUGGAGAACAUUAUACCCGGGAACAUCGAUACCAACCCAGUAUAACGAGGCGGAAACUGUUGCUCCAAUUGGUGUUGAUGUACAGCCACAUAACGCUAUCCAACAUCACCCAUUACCCGGAGCUGUCAAUGAAACUUACCAUCCUGCUCCUCCACAAGGUUUCGUUCAGCAAGUAGCGGAUUUUACGCAAGACCCUCACACUUAUUUCGGCGAUGACCGCUUUACCGACAUGUUUAAUGACUCCUGGGGUACGGCGGAUGAGAUUAGAGAUCUGAAUUAUGCUACAAGCCACAUCCCGAACCCUGUACCGACUGAUGUGCCGACGACAAUGAGGCCGGGGCGAUUCGACCCUAGUUUUAUGCAGUCGCUCAUAUCAGCAACGACACAAAAUCCGCCAUUUCCCAAUAAUGCCUGGGCCCAGAACAACUAUCGCGGCACUCAAUAAUUGAAGCUCUGAGAUUUUAACGACAUCAUAUAUUCUUCUUCAUUUGAACAUAUUUACUUCUUAUCUUGGAUUUCUGCGUUUAGAAGCGAGGAGUGGGGCAGCCGAAUAAAAAAAAAAAAAGGCAUUGGCGUUGCGAACAUAUUUGAGGUCUUGGGUUUUAAUGGUGAUAUAGGGUGGGUAAUUGAAGCGUUAAGGGAGUUAUGGCAAAUUGAUCAUGGGUUAUAAAUAUUGGUUCGCUCUAACAACAGUAUUGUUAAGGUACCUUGCGGCUGCAUGGCGUUAGAUGGCACCUAAAGAAUUAGAAGACAGUUAGUUAGACGUCACCUCCAUAUGAUGAGACUUAUAGAAACCUUCACAUCAA